UUUUCCUAUGGAACACAUGACAGACCGCGACAGCAGAGUAAGAAAUUGUGGUGUACCGCUUUGUGCCUUCCUCGGCAACAAGAGGGAAAUGGUUGCCCACCRCGAAGAAGACGUGAAUCACAAAGCCUUAUUAACAAAGGCACAUCGUCAAUUGGUGAACGACGUUAAAAACAAGGUAUAUUAAAAUACUAUGCUGCCUAUCUAUCUUAUUAYAUCAUUCAAUUAGGCUAAAUUGGUAUUUAUAUGCCAGAAGAAGCCUCUAAAGAGUACGCAAAAGAGGUCGUUUGCGUGUGGUCGAAAUAUUGGAAGACAGAGAAUUUCCAAUCCCACGCCAGACGCGCCAGCUCCCGGGGAAUCCCGCUAACGAGCGGGAACUUUAGGAAAAAUGGCCAUGUCUGGAGGUUGGUCUUCUUUACAGAUGAACUUGAGAUAURCCUCCAGCUUGUGUCUUCGCAAGAAGAACCUCAACACAUAAAAGCAACGAUCGCAGUUGAAGAUUGUGGUUAUUCUUUCCCAUCAGUGAUUUUGUACGAGCAUCAGAUGGUUGGCGGGAAACUCAAUGAUUCUACAAAGUGUCUCGAGGUGGAGGUUAAAGUCGUAGUCACUAGCUACGAAUACCGGAAGCAGAAGACCGAUGUCUGCAAACCGGCCCAACUUGAAGAACCCAUCUAAAAAUGGCCAUAUAAGGUAAGGUAAAUAUCAGAGUACUACGCGAUAGUGUUAAGAGAUAGCAACACUUUUUGUGUGCAUUAUUCACAGAACCGACAAAGUACUCGCUGCAAUAGAGAUGACCUCUGUAAUAACUAUCCAAAUGCCUGUGAUAC